UCAUAUCCACCAUCAAUGGGUGGACCCAGCGGCACAAUGAAGAUUUUCAUGAAGACCCUGAUAUCGAAGACCAUCACCCUUGAGGUUGAACCAUCUGAUACUAUUGAAUAUCAAAAAAGAAAAAAAGAAAAAGAAAAUGUCAAGAUGAAGAUACAAGAUAAGGAAGGUAUUCCCCCUGAUCAGCAAAGGUUGAUUUUGGUGGGCAAGCAACUGGGAGAUGGAUGGACUUUGUCUGACUACAACAUUCAGAAGAAGUCUAUCCAUCAUCUUGUUCUGAGACUUGGGGGUUGUGCCAAGAAGAGAAAGAAGAAGUCUUACACCACUAACAAAAAGAACAAGCGUAAGAGAAAGAAGGUUAAGCUUGCUGUUCUGAAGUACUAUAAAGUUGAUGAGAAUGGCAAGAUCAGCUGCCUUCGACGAGAGUGCCCUUCUGAUGAAUGUGGUGCUGGAGUCUUUAUGGCCAGCCAUUCUGACCGACAUUAUUGUGGCAAGUGUUGUCUAACCUACUGCUUCAACAAGCCAGAAGACAAGUAA